UCCUAUUUUCUGAUUAUCCUGACUCUGACUUGACAUGGCUUCAUUUGAUUGGACCAAGAUUCCCUCACACUGAAAACUCAAAUGCAAGAUAAACAUUUUAUCAAUUCCUUCCGACAUAGAGCCACCUAAUUAAAUUGAACAUCCUCUCACGCAGCUUUGGUUAUCGGAAGAGACGCUCGUCUCUGUAUUCGCUUCUGCGUCAAUAUCUUUUUCCUCUCUGCUGCUACUGUAUCCAAACCCUGACAUUGAAGAAAAACAAGAAAAUGGCCAAUGCUGCUUCUGGCAUGGCAGUCCAUGAUGACUGCAAAUUGAGGUUCUUGGAGCUCAAGGCAAAAAGAACAUACCGGUAUAUAGUUUUCAAGAUUGAGGAGAAGGCAAAGCAAGUCAUUGUGGAGAAGCUUGGUGAGCCCACCCAAAGCUAUGAGGAUUUUACUGCAAGCCUUCCUGCUGAUGAGUGCCGAUAUGCUGUUUAUGAUUUUGAUUUUGUCACAGAAGAAAAUUGCCAAAAGAGCAGAAUUUUCUUCAUAGCAUGGUCUCCUGAUACAUCAAGGGUGAGAAGCAAGAUGAUUUACGCUAGCUCCAAAGACAGAUUUAAGAGAGAACUUGAUGGAAUUCAGGUAGAAUUGCAGGCAACUGAUCCAACUGAGAUGGGACUUGAUGUUUUUAAAAGCCGUGCCAGCUGAAUGUGAACUGUAGGCCUUUGAGCGAGGACCUCCUCCAUUCGGUGUCUACUGGAGUGAAAUGUUUAUAGUUUGUGGGAUGGUGAAGCAGGACACAAUUGUUAUAUUGUUUCCCAGUUUUUCCAUGAAGUCUUUUUAUUCAUUUGGAGCAUGAAUCUAUGGUUUCUGGUAUAUCUUGUGAUUUGUUAUUUGUAGAACUCAUGUGUGUCGACUUGUAGUCUUAUGUCUACAAGCUAAUAUGUAACUGUUUGCAGGGGUCUAGACAACACAUUUAGUUCAUUUUCAAGUUAAGGUAUUUUGACAUCUGGUCAUAUGCUUUGGAAUGCUAAUUAGCACGCAUUUAUUA